UUACCAAAAAAAAAAAAAAAAAAAACCACGCCUUGUUGGCCUGAUCAAUUUGUCAUCGAUAGAGAAAAAUCCGAUCUUGGGUUCCGAAACUGAUAAUGACUGGUUUUGUGAUGACCUUUUCAUUGAGAUAUUAAUUGAUAAUUUCAGUACUAGGGUUUUGAUUCUUGAGAUAUUAGGGUUUUUUUGUGAACUGGGUUUCUCUUUGAUUGUUGCUACUGAUUUUGUUCUUCAAGGUUCUGGUAAGUGAUGGAUAGAUUGAAGUUAGCUGCGUUGGGUGAGAGAUUAAAGACGGGUGGAGCUCAAAUGAGUAGGAUGGUUAGUGGGAAAAUGAAGGAAAUCUUACAAGCUCAGACACCUGAAUCGAAGAUGGUUGAUGAAGCAACAUCGGAUACCUUGGAAGGACCGAAUUGGGGUUUGAAUUUGAGGAUAUGUGCUUUACUGAACUGCGAAGAGUUUAGUGGUCAGGAAGUUGUGAGGGCUAUAAAGAAGAAGAUUGCUAGUAAGAAUAUGUUGAGCCAAAGGUUGAGUCUUGAUCUGUUGGAAGCUUGUGCUAUGAAUUGUGAUAAGGUUUUUUCAGAGAUUGCGUCUGAGAAGGUCUUGGAUGAGAUGGUUAAGAUGAUCAAUAAUCCCCAGACUUAUUACAGUAAUAGACAACGAGCUUUGGAUCUGAUUCAAGCUUGGGGUGAAUCUGAAGAUCUGGCUUAUCUACCUGUGUUUCGCCAGACUUCCAUGAGCUUGAAGAACAGAAACAUCCCACGACCACAGCAAAAUCAUAGGAAUUCGAUGCCCCUCUAUGAUUCUUUUGUCCCAGAUGUUCAUCAACAACCAUUUUCUCCUCCUGAAAGAUACCCCUUUCCUCACUUGGAUCCACAUGGUAUGGAUCAUACUGAUAUUGCAUAUCAUGGUGGCAGUCAUUCUGUGGAAGAGAAGAAAGAACAUCUUGUUAUUGCUCGAAAUAGCAUUGAUAUUCUGUCUAGCAUUUUGAACUCUCAAGCAGAACCAAAGCCCCUCAAGGAUGAUCUCACACUGAGCAUGGUAGAAAAGUGCAAGGAGUCACAGCCUGUUUUACAGAGGAUCAUAGAAACCACUGGUGAUGAUGAUGGAAUGCUCUUUGAGGCUCUAAAUCUUCAUGAGGAGCUCCAACAGGUCAUUUCCAAGUAUGAGGAGAUGAUAGCAACACCAGUUGCAGAAGGGCCACAACCCAGAAGUCCUGGCACACCAGGCAGUGGUUCAACCACUCUGGAUGAAAUCCCAAACAGGGCAGAAAAGCCACAACCCCUGAAAGAUGGAGAGAGCAGUGAAACUGACCGUGAGAGGAAAACGUUGACUGAGGGGAAAUUUGAACUGGUGUGAGAGUUGAGGGGGAGCCCACAUUUGUUGUUUUAUUUAUGUAGUAAGUAGUAUAGAAGGCUUGGUGAUAGUUUAUGAUGAAGGGUGUGGUUGGUCAGCCAUUGAACUCUUUGCUUGCUAUCUAGUACGAUCUGCUGUAUAUUCAUGUCUAAUUCUCUUUCUUUCCUUUUUCCUAAUACUAGAACACAUGUUUCCAUUA